AUGUCUUGCACUAACACUAGCGCCAAGUCCAGCUGCCGUUUCUGGAAGCACUCCAAGCCUUCAAGCAAGAAGGUUAACGUGGUAGCUAUUGCGAUCCAAAAGCUUACCAAUCUUGGCCGUCGUUUUAUUCGUAAGUCGACCGUCACCACCACCACCACUGUCACCACCACCACUGUUACCACCACCACUGUCACCACCACCACUCCACUUAUCACCACCACCACUACUCCACUUAUCACCACCACUCCACUCAUUACCACUCCACUCGUCGCCACUCCUUCUGAGUCUGGUCCAAUAUAUGGACCCGGAUCCUCUUCCACUGUUACUCAACCCAACCCUGUUAAUGUUGUUUGUACCCUUAGCUCCUCCUUGAAAACCAUUGGUUCCCCCAAAACCAAAAAGUCUGUUUCCUUUGGUGAUUCCACCACGUUUUUCUUUAACAAGCAUGCAAGUGCUUCUACUGUUUUGAUUUAUCCCACAUCUCCAGUUGUCAAGUCUUUACUUGAAAAUGAAGAUGGUAUGGUUGGCGGUUCCAGCUCCUCUUGUGAUUCUAGGAACACAUCUGCCCCAUCUCUGUCUUCUGGAUCCAAGGCUCUGGAACUGUCCGAUUUGUUACUGCUCAAACUGGACCUUAUAUUCACCACUUCUGAUGGCUUUUCUGACUUUGCACAUUACCCAUUUGAUUAUGCUGAACCCACCACCUCUAAGAAUUCAGUAGCAAGUGCAAGUAAGCAGUCAUCUACUCAUUUGAUGCAUUAUCGGAGUAUGCAAAGUUGCCUGUUUUAUUCUUCUGAAAGGUUUGGUGCAAAGCAACCUGCAGCUACUGAAUUACCGGUUGAAGCUCACUUACCUGUUGAAACUGACUUACCUGAGCUCGAAGCUGAUUUAGGAUGUUCUUCUGAAGAAGAGCUUGAGCAGAUUGAGCAAGAUGAAGGAAUGACAGUCAACUGUCUUCCUAUUUCUGAACUUCAAGAUGAUUCCAAGGACUUAGUUGUUGAUUUUGGUGUUACUGCAGGCACCGAUGUCUUCAGCUCUUGUUCUCUGAUAUCUGAACUGAAGUCUGAUGAUCACCUUUUUGAAUCCCCCCGUCACGUGGAACUGAGUACUACUUCACUCUCACCAUUGUUGGAUGGCUUGAACGGUGCCCUUACUAGUUUGAGUUUGGCUAAAGAUGAAGUGGAACAGAAGCAGCAGGAAUUGGCUCAGUUGGAACUAGAACUUCAACAAAACCAAUUUGAUCAACAACUACAGAGACAACAGCAACAACAACUUCACCAACUUCAACAAUUUGAACAACUAGAAUUACAAUUUGAACAACACGAAUUUGAACAACAACUACAAAAGCAACAGCAACAUUAUCAACAACAACUUGAACAGUUUGAGCAACUAGAAUUACAAUUUGAACACCAAGACCCGCAAACCAUUGACUUAUCAAAUAAGUCUCUGAGAUCACUUGCGACAGAGGAUGAGAAGGAAGACAAAGUAGAAGAACAAGAACAAGAACAAGAACAAGAACAAGAACAAGAACAAAAGCUUUUGCCAGAAGACACUUGCCAAGAAGAAGCUCAAGUAGAUUAUUAUCAAUCAAACUUUCUACAAUAUCAACAACGUCAACAACAAGAAGAAAAACAACUUCAAAACCAUCAAGAAGAAGAACAUCCCCAAAAAAAACUCCAAGAAUGUCCACAGCAACAACCCCAAGACCAUCAUCAACUAGAACAACAAGGGCAUCAAGAAGCAUCUCCACAGCCUGAUUUACAGCAAUAUCAAGAACAACAACCUGACUCCCAGCAAUUAGAACAACGUAAAGAUGAAUAUCCACAACAUCCUCAGUCCGUCAACCUUGGCACCGAUCCCUUUUACAGCCAACCCGAUCCCUUCACCAGUAUGUCAUACCGUAAGCUUUCACAGAAGCUUAUCAGAAAGUUGUACCCAGACCUCACUAGGGCCAAGCAACUCAGAGAAGCCAUUGGAAGUGCCAAUGCCCUCAAAAAUUGGAUUCUUAAUGGAACAACUAUAAUGCCUGAGAUCAACGGCUCUCUCUUCAUUUGCAUUGAGAAGAAUGGAUUAAUAUUAGAAAAGUUAUGGCUUAAAGAUGCAGUGGACGAGAAGUACGAUGCCACUGUCGAGUCUAUGCUUCACAUGAUAGUAGCUGCAGUCAAAUGGUAUCGCUCCAUUAUGAGGAUGUUCGUGUUGAAUGGCUAUACUAAAGAUAUAAUUGAACAAAGGAACUACAUGAUUAGAACAUCAUCUUUGAACCACCAGACACCUUCACCAGACGCUCAAACGUUUAGUAGACCUCCUUGCAGGCCUUUAAUCAUUGUCGAUAAAAGAUUGAAAAGAGUAAAGAACAUGCGUACAUAG